AUGUCCCAACCCCCUAGAAGAAGAUUAUCCAUAUUCUCGUUUGGUUCCAGUUCCAAUAGCUCUACCACCGCCACCACCACCAAGCCGUUGUCUGCCAACAGCCCCAGUACCGACGCCGACGCCGACGCCGACGCCCCAGACCACCAAUACACCAGAAUUUCACCCGGUACCAGUAUCUCUUCGGCGUCAGCUCGUAAGGGUCCGCAGCGGGCCCUCACUGCCGACGGAAAGCUCUCGGUAAACACGGGUGCCGUCAACGGUCCCUCCCCCCUGGCGCCCGUGGCCUCGUCGUCACCCACGUCCCCCGGCACCGAUUUGAAUAUUUUCGAGCGGUCGGUCCAAGAUAACUGCUCUUGCGGAUUCGAGUCUCCUUCCUCCAGAAGACCGCCGUUGACCCGUUUGCGGUCCAAACCCCACCACGGUCUGUCCAUCUCGUUGUCCAACUUCAAAAAUGAGGAUUAUAUUCCUCCGGCGUUGGAUGCCACCACCUCCAUUUUGAGCGACUCUACCACCAACUUGGACAAUGUUGAUAUUAUCUACUCGUCACGCCGCAACUCCAGCGUCAUCGGCCUCAACAUGGCGUUGGGCCGCCCGGCCCCUUCCCGCAAAAACUCAGUGUACUCGAUGAGCCAGUUGAACUCUCUGCCCAACAUCCCCCAGCAACCACCCAUCGCCAUCCCCGAGUUAGAACUGGCCAACCUUUCCCAGAGCCAGAGCCUCAACCAACCCAUCUCCCCCACGUCGCCACCACGGUUGUCGAGCUCCAAGUCCUCGAUUCUGUUUUACUCCUACGCGGACUUGAUCAACAACGACGAGUUUGCCAAAAGACCUUCCUUCAAACAAAACCUCUCACAGAGCAUGGUGCCUUCCAGAAAGAACUCGGCGGCUUCGGGUAAGGCUGCUGUCGGGCCCAAUGGGUUUAAAAAAUUCGACACCAACUUGAGCAGAUUUCUCAUCAGUCCCGAGUCCUCCGACAGCGAGGACGACAUCCACUCCAAACGCAAGUCUUUCCACGACACCGAAAGUCUUGUGUCUGAGUCGAUUGGAGAAUGCUUACGGCAAAACAAAACCGAGCUCAGUGGCAGCUCCUAA